AUGGCUAUCCGUUGCCAGUUCGAGAACAGCAACGAGAUCGGCGUGUUCUCCAAGCUCACCAACUCGUACUGCCUCGUGUGCGUGGGUGGCUCGGAGAACUUCUACAGCACGUUCGAGUCGGAGCUGGCCGACCACAUCCCCGUGGUGCACGCCAGCAUCGCCGGCUGCCGCUUCGUGGGCCGCGUGGCCGUGGGCAACAAGCGCGGCCUGCUGCUGCCCAGCACCACCACGGACCAGGAGAUGCAGCACAUCCGCAACUCGCUGCCCGACUCGGUCGUGGUGCAGCGCGUGGAGGAGCGGCUCUCGGCGCUCGGCAACUGCAUCGCCACCAACGACCACGUGGCGCUCGUGCACACGGACCUGGACCGCGAGACGGAGGAGAUCGUGGCCGACACGCUCGGCGUCGAGGUCUUCCGCCAGACGGUGGCGGGCAACGCCCUCGUGGGCAGCUACAGCGCGCUGUCCAACCAGGGCUGCCUCGUGCACCCGCGCACGAGCGUCGAGGACCAGGAGGAGCUCAGUUCGCUGCUGCAGGUGCCCGUCGUGGCCGGUACCGUGAACCGCGGUAGCGACGUGAUCGGCGCCGGCCUCGUGGUGAACGACUGGACGGCCUUCUGCGGCCUGGACACGACGUCCACCGAGAUCUCGGUGAUCGAGAGCAUCUUCAAGCUCCAGAACGCGCAGCCGGCCUCCAUUGCCACGACCAUGCGCAGCGCCCUCAUCGACUCCAUGACCUAA